CGUUUCCGCAGGAGCGAAGGUUGCAGAAGGCUGUCGCGUCCGUGAAGGAAGCUCCUCAGCCAUUCCCCAGGAAGAAGAGGAGUCAAACCCGGGCGCAGGGAUGCCUUAUAUACUGAUCAGUACGCAAAUCCGACUGGAGACCGGACCAACAAAUGUGGGAGAUGAAUUUUCUGAUCCAGCUGUCAUGAAUUACCUGGGAGCCAGGAAAACAACCGUGCUGGGAAACAAUUUCUCGGAAUACCAUGUGGAGGAGCCGCCUCGCCUGGUGCUGGACAAGCUGGAGAAGAUCGGCUUCCGUGUGCUGUCCAUGACCGGCGUGGGGCAGACACUGGUGUGGUGUCUCCACAAGGAGGCGGAGUGAAUGAUCCAAAUGUUAUUUUUUUAUUUUUGUACAGCAAAGCUUCAAUGACAUAUUAAGCUCUUUUAUAGGGCCUAUAUCAUGCUAAAUCAACUGUUUGUACUUUUAAGUGUAUCAUAAUGUUAUUUCCUGAAAAAAAACAACAACCCCAUAGCGCCAUUUUGAUCUAUUCACGCAUGUGCGCUCUGAUCACCAGCCCCCACAAUCCGCGAAAACGGGUGGGUUCUCACAUUGUGAUGUUGAUAAGUGAGGAACCGCCCCUUCCAGUAAGAGUCUGCACUGCCAGCCCCGCCCCACUUUCUCUGCAGAGCUAGUGUUGUUUGGCCAAAAGUCUUUCCUUUUACAUGCCCAAUAUGCACAUCCAUCUUUGCAAAAGUUCGGAUGUUGUUUGUUUUCACGGGCGAAAAGCAGACACGCUGCCGAGGCCGGCUCUAGGGACGUCAUGAAAUGGGUGGCACCCACAAGGAGAGAAAGGCGGAGCCUCAGAAAUUGAGUCGUCUUACUUCCGGGUAGGAAAAUAAGCUGCGAAAAGGACUAAUUUUGCACUUUAGUGUGCCAAAGGUUUUAUUUUAUCAUAUAUCUGGAUUUAGUUUACUCUGAGAGGAUUAAGAAAAGCAUGAUAUAGACCAGGGGUGUCCACAUUUUUUGGCAUGUGAGCUACUUUUGAGACAACAAUGUCUCAUACCCAUGUUUAAUAUACAUAGUAUUAUAAACUAUUAGUAAAUAACAUUGUUUAUGUACUUAUAAUUCAAAUACUAACCAGUAAGAGUACACAAAUCUUUGUGAGGAGAUACUUUUUUUAUUAACAGAUGAGGCGUUUUAUUACAAAAACAGAAAGCAGCGACUAUCGUAUUUCGUGCUCUGCUGUGAACAGUGCAAUGGGGGGAGCAUGGCAUUUCUGAAGCGGUAUUGGCUCUGUGAGAAGCGCGUGUUACAGGAAAACACUGCUGCCUUGGUCAGCCCGAAUCCAUCGGGGGGAACUGCGGAGGCAGGUGGGGCAAUCCGGGCCUCAAUAAACACCUCAAUCACAUACUUCUCUGUGAAGAUUUUGAUUCGCUUCCGUAUUUUUUUUAAAUGAAUUUGUAUUUUUUUGGUUAUUUAUCGUUGCUGGCCGAUCGACAUAAUGAGCACCCCGAUAUAGACCCUUUAAAAAACUUUAAAGCUUUCAAGAAAGUUACAUUUGUAUACAUAUUCAUGCAACUCUGUUGAAAGUGGUUUACCUGUUUACAUUAUCGUAUUUUCCGCACUAUAGGGCGCAUAGGAUUAUGAGGCAUCAAUGAAUCUAUUUUGGAUUCAGCCACGUUAGCAUAUUUCCUAUGCCUGCUGCUCCCAACAUCAUUUGCAACCCAUAAAAAAACAGACUUAUUCCACUAAAACAAAACUUACUGUAAAAAUACUUUGCAACUGUACUUUUUUUAAUUAAAAAACAACAACGCAAACUUAGAUCUACAUUUUAGCAGAAACAAUAUAUCGAGAACUUGUGCAGCUCUCUGGCACCUUUGCAACAAUGUUGCAGCUUCCUGAUUCAACAGCAUGUCAGGCGCACUCACACACACAGCCGGAAUCUGCAUUCAGGAUUCCAAAAUUCCUGGGUGGUUUGAUUCCAAGCAUUAGUUUACCGGUGCAUGUCUGGGGCCAACCCCGAUCCCUAAUCAACAACCCAGAAACAUAGCCAGCCAACUCCCAGCCAAACUCAGACCAGACACACCACCUCAGACAUGAUAUCCACUUCCUUGCUGUGGAUCAAACGGAGCUGAGAUUCCCAGUUCUCCAGCCACUGACAUUCUUGUUAUAGUUUGUCCUGGCUGCUUUGAAGCAGAAAAUGUACCCAACGAGGAAUCAAAGCUUUGUUGUGCCAUGCAACAACAGACUCAUCCUCCUGUGCCAGUCUUCCAUGCCGCUACAGCCACUGUGGGAUUAGGGCGGGGUUGUUGGUGAGUGCAUUUCCUGUAAUUGUAUUUCCUCUCUUGUCAUUUGGACCAAGUUUGUGUUUCUGGGCUUUCUUUUUUCACAUUGUUGGGAUAUUGGAAAAGGAUACGCAUAAACAAAACCAUGUGAGGAGGGGAUUUUGCAGAAGAGGAGCAGAUGUCUCCCAACACACCACUUUACUCUGCUCUGCAGCUGGUCAUUGCGUAAUGGAGCUUCAUGGAGGUAACUCAGGAGCAGUGGAGGGGAAGGAUGACUGGACUGGAUUUUGUUAAGCUUCCAUGUGAUUGAAAACUAUGGAAUUGCAGAAGAAUGUCAUGUAUGACUGUUAUGAGAUCAUCUCCUUUUCAAACCAUCACUUCAAGCUCUGUUGUUAAUUCACUGAUCAUUUAUUAAUAAAAGGUACUUUUAUUGUCC